UUCACUCCGGCUGGCGCCGCCGCCUAGCGCGCUCCUGCUUCGCCGCCACGGUCCGGGGGGCUGCCGGUCCCGGGUACCAUGUGUGACGGCGCCCUGCUGCCUCCGCUCGUCCUGCCCGUGCUGCUGCUGCUGGUUUGGGGACUGGACCCGGGCACAGCUGUCGGCGACGCGGCGGCCGACGUGGAGGUGGUGCUCCCGUGGCGGGUGCGCCCCGACGACGUGCACCUGCCGCCGCUGCCCGCAGCCCCCGGGCCCCGACGGCGGCGACGCCCCCGCACGCCCCCAGCCGCCCCGCGCGCCCGGCCCGGAGAGCGCGCCCUGCUGCUGCACCUGCCGGCCUUCGGGCGCGACCUGUACCUUCAGCUGCGCCGCGACCUGCGCUUCCUGUCCCGAGGCUUCGAGGUGGAGGAGGCGGGCGCGGCCGGGCGCCGCGGCCGCCCCGCCGAGCUGUGCUUCUACUCGGGCCGUGUGCUCGGCCACCCCGGCUCCCUCGUCUCGCUCAGCGCCUGCGGCGCCGCCGGCGGCCUGGUUGGCCUCAUUCAGCUUGGGCAGGAGCAGGUGCUAAUCCAGCCCCUCAACAACUCCCAGGGCCCAUUCAGUGGACGAGAACAUCUGAUCAGGCGCAAAUGGUCCUUGACCCCCAGCCCUUCUGCCGAGGCCCAGAGACCUGAGCAGCUCUGCAAGUUUCUAACAGAAAAGAAGAAGCCGACGCGGGGCAGGCCUUCGCGGGACUGGCGGGAGCGGAGGAACGCUAUCCGGCUCACCAGCGAGCACACGGUGGAGACCCUGGUGGUGGCCGACGCCGACAUGGUGCAGUACCACGGGGCCGAGGCCGCCCAGAGGUUCAUCCUGACCGUCAUGAACAUGGUAUACAAUAUGUUUCAGCACCAGAGCCUGGGGAUUAAAAUUAACAUUCAAGUGACCAAGCUUGUCCUGCUACAACAACGUCCUGCUAAGUUGUCCAUUGGGCACCAUGGUGAGCGGUCCCUGGAGAGCUUCUGUCACUGGCAGAACGAGGAGUAUGGAGGAGCGCGAUACCUCGGCAAUAACCAGGUUCCCGGCGGGAAGGACGACCCGCCCCUGGUGGAUGCUGCUGUGUUUGUGACCAGGACAGAUUUCUGUGUACACAAAGAUGAACCGUGUGACACUGUUGGAAUUGCUUACUUAGGAGGUGUGUGCAGUGCUAAGAGGAAGUGUGUGCUUGCCGAAGACAAUGGUCUCAAUUUGGCCUUUACCAUCGCCCAUGAGCUGGGCCACAACUUGGGCAUGAACCACGACGAUGACCACUCAUCUUGCGCUGGCAGGUCCCACAUCAUGUCAGGAGAGUGGGUGAAAGGCCGGAACCCAAGUGACCUCUCUUGGUCCUCCUGCAGCCGAGAUGACCUUGAAAACUUCCUCAAGUCAAAAGUCAGCACCUGCUUGCUAGUCACGGACCCCAGAAGCCAGCACACAGUACGCCUCCCGCACAAGCUGCCGGGCAUGCACUACAGUGCCAACGAGCAGUGCCAGAUCCUGUUUGGCACGAAUGCCACCUUCUGCAGAAACAUGGAGCAUCUAAUGUGUGCUGGACUGUGGUGCCUGGUAGAAGGAGACACAUCCUGCAAGACCAAGCUGGACCCUCCCCUGGAUGGCACCGAGUGUGGGGCAGACAAGUGGUGCCGCGCGGGGGAGUGCGUGAGCAAGACGCCCAUCCCGGAGCACGUGGACGGAGACUGGAGCCCGUGGGGCGCCUGGGGCAUGUGCAGCCGAACAUGUGGGACGGGAGCCCGCUUCCGGCAGAGGAAAUGUGACAACCCCCCCCCUGGGCCUGGAGGCACACACUGCCCGGGUGCCAGUGUAGAACAUGCGGUCUGCGAGAACCUGCCCUGCCCCAAGGGUCUGCCCAGCUUCCGGGACCAGCAGUGCCAGGCACACGACCGGCUGAGCCCCAAGAAAAAAGGCCUGCUGACAGCCGUGGUGGUUGACGAUAAGCCAUGUGAACUCUACUGCUCGCCCCUCGGGAAGGAGUCCCCACUGCUGGUGGCCGACAGGGUCCUGGACGGCACACCCUGCGGGCCCUACGAGACUGAUCUCUGCGUGCACGGCAAGUGCCAGAAAAUCGGCUGUGACGGCAUCAUCGGGUCUGCAGCCAAAGAGGACAGAUGCGGGGUCUGCAGUGGGGACGGCAAGACCUGCCAGUUGGUGAAGGGCGACUUCAGCCACGCCCAGGGGACAGUUAAGAAUGAUCUCUGUACGAAGGUAUCCACAUGUGUGAUGGCAGAGGCUGUUCCCAAGUGUUUCUCAUGUUAUAUCGAAGCUGCCGUCAUUCCUGCUGGAGCUCGGAGGAUCCGUGUGGUGGAAGAUAAACCUGCCCACAGCUUUCUGGCUCUCAAAGACUCCGGUAAGGGAUCCAUCAACAGUGACUGGAAGAUAGAGCUCCCCGGAGAGUUCCAGAUUGCAGGCACAACUGUUCGCUAUGUGAGAAGGGGGCUGUGGGAGAAGAUUUCUGCCAAGGGACCAACCAAACUACCGCUGCACUUGAUGGUGUUGUUAUUUCACGACCAAGAUUAUGGAAUUCAUUAUGAAUACACUGUUCCUGUAAACCGCACCGCGGAAAAUCAAAGCGAACCAGAAAAACCGCAGGACUCUUUGUUCAUCUGGACCCACAGCGGCUGGGAAGGGUGCAGUGUGCAGUGCGGCGGAGGGGAGCGCAGAACCAUCGUCUCGUGUACACGGAUUGUCAACAAGACCACAACUCUGGUGAACGACAGUGACUGCCCUCAAGCAAGCCGCCCAGAGCCCCAGGUCCGAAGGUGCAACUUGCACCCCUGCCAGUCACGGUGGGUGGCCGGCCCGUGGAGCCCCUGCUCGGCGACCUGUGAGAAAGGCUUCCAGCACCGGGAGGUGACCUGCGUGUACCAGCUGCAGAACGGCACACAUGUCGCUACGCGGCCCCUCUACUGCCCGGGCCCCCGGCCGGCGACAGUGCAGAGCUGUGACGGCCAGGACUGCCUGUCCAUCUGGGAGGCGUCUGAGUGGUCACAGUGCUCUGCCAGCUGUGGUAAAGGGGUGCGGAGACGGACCGUGGCGUGCACCAACUCACAAGGGAAAUGCGACGCAUCCACGAGGCCGAGAGCCGAGGAGGCCUGCGAGGACUACUCAGGCUGCUAUGAGUGGAAAACCGGGGACUGGUCUACGUGCUCGUCAACCUGCGGGAAGGGCCUGCAGUCCCGGGUGGUGCAGUGCAUGCACAAGGUCACAGGGCGCCAUGGCAGUGAGUGCCCCGCCCUCUCGAAGCCUGCCCCCUACAGACAGUGCUACCAGGAGGUCUGCAACGACAGGAUCAACGCCAACACCAUCACCUCCCCCCGCCUUGCUGCUCUGACCUACAAAUGCACACGAGACCAAUGGACGGUAUAUUGCCGGGUCAUCCGAGAAAAGAACCUCUGCCAGGACAUGCGGUGGUACCAGCGCUGCUGCCAGACCUGCAGGGACUUCUAUGCAAACAAGAUGCGCCAGCCACUGCCGAGCUCGUGACGCGCAGUCCCAGGGGUCGCUCAAAGCUCAGACUCAGGUCUGAAACCCACCCACCCGCAAGUGUACCAGCCCUGUGGCCACGCCCCCACAAGGCUGCCGCAAGAAUCCAACUGCAUAGAACAUGAGCGUGGACUUGGCAUUUGCCAUUAGUGCUUCCGUACUUAAUAUAUUGUUAACAGCCACUGGCUGGCUUUCUACAGUGAGGAGAAAGUAGGCAUGAGUCACAAAGUAACUUCAAUUUCUAGGAUUUCAGGUACCUCGAAGGGAAGCACCUCUGGCAGACAACCCUCAAGAGAGAGACAUCAUUUAGUGUUCCUGUCUUGACUCGCUUUUGACAUUUGAAUUUCCAGUGCUUGGUAUAUCAUGGAGGAAACAUCCCCAAAACGAGACAUGCUAGAAAAGGCUUUAUUCUAAAGGCUUUAUUCUGAAAGCCGGCGACACCCUGGAGGGAGGGGCAGGUGUUGGGGAGCCUCUGCCCGUGGCUUCUCGGGGGAGGGCCAGGCUGCUUGGCCCACGUUUCUCUUCCUCUACCUUCUUGACCACAUGAGAACCAGGACGUUGCCUCCAUGCCCGUCUCUGACAACAUAGUCUCUAAAUCCUAGGUGUUGCCUUGGAAGUCUCGUCCCUGGAGUGUAAAUCUAUAUAUGCCAGCGAGGACAGCAGUGCCACGCAGUUCAUACCACCCGCAUGGGAAGAAUGUUCCAAGAGAGUCUGGGUUUGGGGAAGCAUCUAAUUUUCAGAGCUCUGCUGUCCACCGUGUAGGGAAACAGAAGGGCCUCUCUUCAAGGUGCUGUGACAUAAGAAACGGUAAUUGCGGUGAUGGGGUUGCUUCCUAAGGCAAAGGUAAGCUUGGGCCACCUUCAUUGGGGCGGAUGGGCACCUGCCCCGCCUUCCGGGAGCAUCCACUCUGGCCUGCACUUCCUAAAGCUUUGUACCUUAGAGAUGCUGUACCCCAUCCCAGUGGCUUUCUACCGACCGUGGCCAUUUAUCUGAAGGUAAGACAACAUUUGGGACCUCUGAGGACACAAGCCCAGGCCUAGGAGCUGUAGAGCCAGGCCUGACUGCUCCAUCCUGGCACGGAGCAGCCUGAUGUGCCGGGACCAGGGGAGGAACGCCAUCUGGCUGGCACUGCUGCACACUCGCCGAGCCUUCCUGUAGCCCCAGACUUUGUGGUACCCAUUAUCAUCACGCCUGUCAUCAUUGACCCAUCUUCUUGGUGGGGUAAGGAUGAUGCAUGAUGAAGGUCCUUCACUCCUACAGCCCCCUUACACCUGGCAGCAGACGAGCAGAGUGGCCUCUUUGAGAGCACAGAGGAUGGUAGCACCCUACCUGCAAGGAGGCCGGGCAGGGACCCUAGAUGCCAGGAGGCCUGUUUUGCUCACCAACUUGGUGGGCAUUUCAUGGGUGCUUAUGUUCUAGGACUUUACCGUAAGCAACACCUCCUCCCUGAUUUCACACAGAAGGUCUCACUUGCACUUCCAUGGGAUCAUCUCCCAGUGCUUCUUGAUUUAUUGGUGCUGUGUUUCUGUGUUUUGUUUUGUUAGAUGUCACAACCGUAGAGUUAGCUUAAAUCAGAAAGAAGCCUCUCUGCCUUCUCCACCCUGUCUUACUAGCUGUGUUUUUGUUUUUACUACCCCAGAGGCAGAGAAGCGGUAGGGAUGUCAGGGAAUUUACUCACUUCCACUUGAAUCAACGAGAAGUGUUGAGAAACUUCCGUGGGUGCUCUGCGGAAAGAACCGAGAGUGUCAGGAUGGAGCGGCCCACCCUCGCCCCGGGGCCUGCGCAGACCACUGUCCUCCCCCUCAGGCCUGGCCCCCAGCAGACUCCCGUGAAUUCCCGUUUUCACAAAGCCCUCAAAAUUUUGGGGACGCUGAGGUUCAAUUUUCUUCAUCCCCAAAUGAACUGUUAAUUCACUGAAAGACAUUUAGACUUUUGCAGCCAAGGAGCAGAGCCGGGCAAGCUCACUAAGGAAGCCUUAGCUUGGUCUCCUGCAUGGGCCCCGGGGCCUCCAGAUAUGCCCACGGUCACCCUGGCAAGGGCCCCACACCCUCAGAAUGAAAAGGAUUGAUUGAUUGGGUUAUUGUCAGAUACCCCCAUUAGUUCCCCUAAAGUCUGCAUCUUCAGAGCUCUUUCAGCUCAUCUUUUUGUUGUCGGUGUUGUUUUUUGAGACAGAGUCUCCCUCUGUCGCCCAGGCUGGAGUGCAGUGGCACAAUCUCAGCUCACUGAAAGCUCCGCCUCCCAGGUUCAGGCCAUUCUUCUGCCUCACCCUCCCCAGUAGCUGGGACUACAGGCGCCCGCCACCACGCCCACCUACUUUUUUGUAUUUUUACUAGAGACGGGGUUUCACCAUGUUAGCCAGGAUGGUCUCGAUCUCCUGACCUCAUGAUCCACCCGCCUCGGCCUUCCAAAGUGCUGGGAUUUCAGUGAAACCAUCAUAAACAUUCUUGUUCCACUAGAUGCUGAUCACAGCAGUGAUGUUUCUGUGUUAAUACCCUGUACUGUCCCUCGAGUACUGUACCUUUGUGCUUGCACACAUGUCACUAACACACGUGUUACUAACCAGAGUCUCACGACCCUACGGUGCUAUUUUUAUUGGUGCAAAAUGAAACCCUCUCAGCUGACCGUUGCUGGAUAUGAUCAGAAUGCAGGAAAAGAGCCUCUAUGGCAAUACGAUUGUCCUUUUUUCAUUUCAGAGUCAAAUGUAUCUAUUUUCCAUUCGUUAACUUGCAUUACAUACUGUACCCAUGGAAUUUUUGUUUUACUUUUUGGUGCUGGUUUUGAAAGGAAAAAAAACGGAAGACAAACAUUGGACGCCAUUAUACAUGAAAAUUAUACAUGAAAAAUUAAUCAUUUCAUUGGAAGCAAGUUGAAUAUGUGUAAUAAAAUGUUUUUCCAUAACGGU